UUUUGCAGAAAAAAGGUCUAUAACAGAUACUACAAAAAAUGGACUUAAAUGUAUUGCUACUGGUGCUAGCAUAUACCACAAGAUGUUUGUGUGUGUUUGUAUCAACACCAACCAGCAACGCUACGGAACGACAUCGUCUAUACACAGAUCUAUUCGUGAAUCAGGGUUACAACUCUAAGAUACAGCCAUAUACUUAUCGGUCUGAAAAGUUUGGUGUACUAAUGUCGUUUGUUCUUAAAACGAUAAUUGAUUUAGAUGAAGUAACAGAAACAUUGAAAACAUCAUCUUACAUGGUCAUAGAAUGGAACGAUACAUUCUUAAAAUGGAAUAGAACAGAAUACGACUAUUUAUAUAUAACAUACUGGCCUCAGAACGAUGUAUGGAAGCCAGACAUAAUUCUGGCUAAUUCAGUAAGGUCCUAUGAAAGUUUAGGACAUGAAACUUUAAUGGUAGAAAACUUUAAUGAUGGCACUAUUAAGUGGUUCCCUCUAGAGAUGUUUGAAACGUCCUGCGAUAUAGACAUGAGAUAUUUCCCAUAUGAUGUUCAAACUUGUGAGAUACAGUUUAUGUCUUGGAGCUAUGUUAGCGUACACCUUAAAGCACGUGAAGGUGAAAUAUCAUUGAGGUAUUACGAUGUAAAUCCUUUAUGGGAAAUCUUAGAAACAAGAGUAAACUAUUCAAAAAGAGCUGGCAUAGAUGUCUUAAUAUAUGAAUUAAAGUUAAAGCGGAAACCCCAGCAUGCACUGUUGACUUUAUUUCUUCCAGUUUUGUUGCUAACCAUUUUAGGACUUUUCGUGUUUGCGAUACCUAACGGGGGUGAUAGAUCAGGAUACGCAGUUACAGUGUUCCUUGCUUUCUCCGUCUACUUGACUAUUGUAGAUUCUGUUAUGUCUCCGAAUUCCGAGAAGAUAUCACUGUUUUCGAUAUAUCUAGUUGUUCAAACUGCCCAGUCAACAAUCAUCACAAUUUUAUCUGUACUUUUAACAAAAGCAGAACUAAUGGACAAGGACACGACAGUACCACGUUGUCUUGUGUUUCUAGUUAAAAUUAGCAAGGUAUGCCGCAAGAAAAAGUUGAAAUCUGACAACGUCUAUACCAUUGAAAGCACUGCAACGGAAAUAAAUUCGGAUAGCAAGAGCGAUAACAAAAAGGAGACGAAAAAUGUCAAGGAAACAUCACCUUGUACUUGGGACAUGGUUGUAGACGCCGUUGAUAAAAUAGCAUUAAUAUUCUUCACUGUCACUUUCAUUGGAACAACCGUAUGUUUCUUUUGUGUAAUCAUUCUUGAUAAACAAUAACUGUUUUAUUUGAGGGAAAAAACUUAUCAUGUAAUACUUACUACAUAUAGAUGCAGUGUAAGUUUUAUCUUUUAUCUGAAAGGUUGAAAAUUAAUUCGAUGUGUCAUCCAGCUAGUGUUCGCGAUGUGUAAGACACCAUGCGUUCUUGGUUGUGCAAUACGAAAUAUAUCUGAUUUUCUAUUCACAUCUAGUUUAUUUCAAUGUCAAAUGCAUAAUGCUAAAGAGACAUGAUCAUUUAACAUGUUUUGAGAAAAAAUAAACCAGGAGAAUAGACCGCCAUGAAUACAUGUAUACAUCACUGUUAAACACAUAUUUUUUUUCUAAAAUCUGCCCCUUUUGGAUAAAGCUGUUAUAAGAACUGUGUUGAAAAGUGUAAGAAAUUGUUCCACAUUAAACACACUAUUCUACCUGUGAAACAGUGUUCCUGUAAUAAAUUCAUAGCUUAUUAUAUAGUGUUAUAAUGUAUACUAAUGUAUAGUAACAAGGUGUAUUUCGAUAAUACAGGACGAAGGAACGAAUGUCUCACUAUCUCUGAGUUGUGGUUACCUUUUUCGACACAAAUGACUGUCAUGUCAUGGAAACUUCUACAACUGUACAUGUACUAAUCUACAACUGUACAUGUACUAAUAACUAAUAAUUUUUAUUGGUAAAAAACGUUCAUAGAAUUACUACAUUUGUGUAUCUUCUAUCAAAAUAAAAACCAAUGUAUGUA